UUCGAACUUCGAACUUUCGAUUUUCGAAGAAGGUUUUGGCUUUAGGGUUUUACAGAUGGGAGUUCUUUGUUCAGACCACUGAACCGUAGGGUUUAUGAAAUUUUGACUUUUGUUAGGGUGGACGUAGAAUCAUGAUGUGGGCACUUCGUAGAGCUGCUCAUCCUCUCAGGAGUCAAGGAUUUCGCGGGGGUGUCUCUCGAGCUUGUGCUAGAUUCGUUAUAGUAAGCGAUGAUGUAGAACACAGUGUUGGUGUUUGUGAGUCUACACAAUUUGUACCUGGUAAAAGCAUUCCCCUGGAGAGGUUUCACCACACUUCGUAUCUUAAUGCAAGGUUCUCUCUGGGGAACUGUAGCCUUUCUUCGCAGGCUGGUACUAAAAGUAGCGGGGAGGAAGAUGAAUUUUCUGAGCUUGAAGCUCCAGUUAGCACGGGAGAGAUUGCAGAGGAUGCUGUAGGGGAGGACAUUGAUGAGGAGUUAGGUUCUGAGCCAGAGCUCUCGGGCGAUGAUGUUGAAGAGAAUUUGGGGGAUGUUUCCCAUGAUGAACCUGAGGAGUUGGAUACUGAUAUUGGUGAUGAGAAAGAGUCGCUGAAGAAAAAGGGCUAUUCAGAGUUGUUCAAAGUUAUAAUGGAUGCUCCAGGCCUGUCAAUUCAUGGUACUCUUGAUAAAUGGGUUGAGGAAGGGAAUGAAUUGAGUCGAUCUGAGAUAUGGCUUGCAUUGCACAAUCUUCGGAAGCGUCAGUUUUAUGGAAGAGCUUUGCAGCUUAUGGAGUGGUUGGAGAGAAACAAGCACCUUGAUUAUGUUGAGCGUGAUUAUGCUUCUCGUGUUGAUUUAAUUGCCAAAGUACAUGGUCUCAAUAAGGCUGAAAAGUACAUUGAAAGUAUCCCGGAAUCAUUCAGAGGAGAAGUUAUCUACAGAACCCUCUUGGCCAACUGUGUUGGUGCUGGCAACAUGAUGAAAGCAAAUGCGGUGUUCAACAAAAUGAAGGAUCUGAAGUUCCCAAUUACAGCAUUUUCUUGCAACCAGUUACUUCUUCUGUACAAGAGGCUUGACAAAAAGAAAAUAGCUGAUGUGCUAUUGUUGAUGGAGAAGGAAAAUGUCCAACCAACUCUCUUCACAUAUAGGCUCUUAAUAGAUGCUAAAGGCCAGUCGAAUGACAUUUUAGGAUUGGAUCAAUUGGUAGAGACCAUGAAAGCCGAUGGAAUUGAACCUGACAAUCAAACCCAAGCUACUAUUGCUAGACACUAUGCUGACGCAGGGCUCAAUGAGAAGGCAGAGGAGGUCUUGAAGGAGAUGGAAAGGGGGGAUGUGAAAGAGAACCGUUCUGCUUUUAAGUUCAUACUUCCUAUCUAUGCAGCCCUUGGCAAAGCUGAUGAGGUCAGUAGAGUCUGGAAGGUAUGUGAGCAGGACCCCUGGUUUGAGGAGUGUCUUGCUGCCAUUUCAGCUUGGGGCAAGCUGGGAAAGAUAGAGGAGGCUGAGUCGGUCUUUGAGAUGAUGACCAAGAAAUGGAAGAAGGUCCACCGCAGGUGCUAUAGUUUGCUUUUGAAAGUUUAUGCAGAUCAUAAGAUGCUAGCCAAGGGGAAGGAACUUGCGAAGCGGAUGAUUGAUAGUGGAUGCCGUAUUGAUGCAUUGACAUGGGAUGCACUUGUGAAGCUCUGUGUGGAGGCUGGAGAGGUGGAGAAAGCAGACUCAAUCCUGCAGAAGGCAACACAGCAGUUCAAGACGAGGCCACUAUUCAGCUCAUUCAUGGUCGUCUUGGAUCAGUAUGCAAAGAGGGGUGAUGUCCAUAACGCUGAAAAAAUACUCCAUAGAUUGAGGCAGUCUGGGUAUCUGAAUCGGAUUCCACAGUAUCAUACUCUCCUCCAGGCUUACAUAAAUGCCAAAGCCCCAGCAUAUGGGUUCAGGGAAAGGUUAAAGGCAGACAACAUAUUCCCAGACAAAGCGAUGGCAGCAAUGCUAGCGCAGGUAGACCCGUUUAGGAAGACUGCCAUAUCGGAUCUGUUGGAUUGAGUUGACUUUAAACUGGGGCUACAUGUGCCCUUCGUUUCUGCUGUCUUGCAUGGUUGAUGUAUUUGGGUUCACAAUGGAGGUAAGCUAAAGAAAUUUAUGGGGCAGAAGGUUGGCUUUGCUUUGCAAGCGUUGAUCCAUUUGAUUUUAUAACUUACAAGUCUAUAUAUACAUGUAGGUUUUAGAGGUAAAACGCUAGAUGGGUAAUUUGUUAUUUAAAGUGACACUCUUUGAAUGUUCAUGUUACUCUUUUUUGUUUCCUCAAUUUCAAUUACCUUUCUUUUUUUGGCUUCU